AUGGCGAACAACGCGCCAGUACAGGCUUUCAAGCGCCCCACUGCUGGGGCGGCUACAGGGGCGGCGGCACCACCGAAGCAGUUCGAGGACGACGCGCGGCCGUAUAUCAUUGUGGAUGAUAUUGGAAAGGGAAGCUUUGCGACGGUGUAUAAGGGCUAUCACCAGGACACGAGGCAGACGGUCGCGAUUAAACAAGUGAAGCGGGACAAUUUGACGACGAAACUAUUCGAGAACCUUCAAAGCGAAAUUCAGAUACUCAAGUCCCUUUCGCAUAGGCAUAUCACGAAGCUGAUAGACAUUGUGCGCGCAGAGAAACAUAUUUACCUCAUUAUGGAAUACUGCGCUGGUGGGGAUUUGACCAACUACAUCAAGAAGCGCGGGCGCGUCGAGGGUCUGGAGUAUGUGCCCGCGCCGGGUGCCGCGCUGCAGUAUUAUCCGCACCCACGAACAGGCGGUCUCGAUGAGGUUGCGGUGCGCUGCUUCCUACGGCAGCUAGGGCGGGCGCUUAAGUUUCUGAGGCAUAGGAAUUUGAUUCAUAGGGAUAUCAAACCGCAGAACCUCCUAUUAAACCCAGCCUCCCCCGAGGAACUCGCGCGGGGCCACCCGCUCGGCGUGCCAAUUCUCAAAGUUGCAGACUUUGGUUUUGCAAGAAGCUUGCCGGAAGCCAUGUUAGCUGAGACGCUUUGCGGUAGUCCCCUCUACAUGGCCCCCGAAAUUUUGCGGUACGAGAAAUACGACGCUCGGGCGGACCUGUGGUCCGUCGGUGCCGUGCUGUAUGAAAUGAGUGUCGGCCGCGCGCCAUUCAGAGCACAGAACCACAUCGAGCUGCUGCGCAAGAUCGAGAGCUCUAAGGGCGUCAAGUUUCCGGACGAGGAUGCUUCCGACAAAGACCACAAGGAACGGGGAAGUAAAGAGAGAGAAGGAGGGAAAGACAGGGGCGGCAGCGCGGACCUACCUGUGCCAGAGGAUAUCAAGGCGCUCAUCCGCAAGUUGUUGCAGAGGAAUCCGGUCGAACGGGCAAGCUAUGAAGAGUUCUUUGGUAGUCGGGCGAUGGUGCGGAGCAAGUUUCCGAGGCCACAGCAAGCGGUGGGCGUGGAUGCAUCGGCUUCUUUGGGUGCUAGUAAUGGCCAGAGCCAACACGCAUGGCCGAGCGGGCGUCCACCGACGCCCGAGCACCACCGCAUUAUCCCGCCAGAGGUUCUCGACAUGAACGCCCUGAUCCCACCGAGCCAGAUCAACUUCCGACAACACCGAACCAUCGGUGCAGCGGGCGGCGUGGGUGCUUUAGAUGUGGGCGUCGAGGUACAUCCUAGCAAUGGUGCCCGCGCAGGAGCUGGCCUGGUUAUCAGAGACGCAUCGCCUUUAUCUGGUUUGACGACAGGGAAUGGGAAUGGUAAGAAGAAAGCAUGGGCGGGGACUGUGUUAGGCCCUGGUGCUGGUGCAGGUGCCCGACGGCUGGACAUGGAACUGGAGAGCUCGUAUAUCCCGGGCGAAAGCGAGGAAGACGGGAAUCUACGGCGGGAAUACGUCCUUGUGGGGGAUAAACGCGCGGUAGAGGUAUUUAAGACUGUUGAUGAAAUAUCGUCCGCGCAACCCCCUCCUCGGAGACCACUACAUGACCGGCGCGCGCAGACGUUCGACAAGGACUACAAUGCCCAAAAUCUUGCGGGCCCAUCAUCUGCUACUCCCUCGCCGUCCAACCCAUCGCAUUUCCCACAACCUUCCUAUGCAACUAAUGCUGCCGCCUCGCCCCUCUCUCCAAUUACGAACACCACAACAGUGAUGCCUAUACCUACCACUUCCACACCUACGACCCACUCACCCAUGACGUUUCCUCCGCCGCCCGCUGUGCUCGCUGGCACACCAAUUUCACCGAUCGCCCCGCCACUCUCGAGUUCGCCCUCGCGCGCGGCGACGAACGCGCUGAACCGCGCCCUGAGCAUCGCGAGCAAGAAGCUGUUUGGUCAUGGGCAUGGGCAUUCCGCGAGCACGGGCACGAGCAGCCCGGGGGCUGGACCCAGUGGGACAAGUAACGGUACUGCUGGGCCCAGUGGGAGUGGGAACGGGAAGCACCGCGCGUCGCCUUCGCUGGAUAGCGGUGCACCGACUCCUGGAGGCUAUUUUAGCAAUAGCGCUCAGUCGUCACCGCGCCGGAUGAAUGGUGGGGCUGUCCCGCUGCCUGGUGACGAUGCAGAUGCUGCUCGCGGUGUGGGCACUGGAGGUGGUGGUGUAGGAGGGCCAGGGGAAGUGGCCGUGACAGAGAGGGACCCGAUGGAGGAGGAACUUCUGGCGUCGCUGGAAGAGCUGGCGCAGAAGACGGAUGUGCUGACGCGUUGGGCGGAUCAGAUGUACGAGUAUGUCAAGGCGAUUCCACAGAAACCUCUCCCGGACCCAUCUAAAUUCACGCAACGCGAAGGAGAACCAGACAAGCACGCGCGUCGGCGGAAACACGCGGACAUGGAGGCAGAGUUCAACGCUGUCACAUGUGUCGCGGUGUACAUGCUCCUCAUGUCCUUUUCGCAAAAGGGCAUUGACAAACUGCGCAACUUCCAGGAACACAUGAGUAUGCGUUUCCCAGAGGGCGACUUUGUGGUCAGUGAGGGGUUUGGUGAAGCGCUCAAUUGGUUCAGAGAACAUUUUAUCAAGUGUAAUGAGCGUGCGGAGCUUGUGAAAACGUGGCUACCUGUCACUUACGAUGGACCAAAGAGCUACCUCGAUCAGCUGGUUUACGACCGUGCGCUUAUUCUCAGCCGGACAGCUGCUAGGAAAGAACUACUCGACCAGAUGACGACCCCGGACGAAUGCGAAAAGCUAUACGAGGAGUCGCUGUGGUGCUUGUAUGCGCUGCAGGACAAUCUUUUGCAGAGCGGAAAUCCAUUUAUGGACGAGGAUCGCGAGACGAUAGCUACUUGGAUCAAGCGGACGAAGCUGCGCCUCGUGCGGUGUCGUGCUCGUAUGGCGAUGAACCACCACGACAGGGUAAACGAUGCGCGUGCGGACCAUAAUCUUGCGGAUGUGAUGCGUAUCCCGGCGCCGUGGGAUGCGAAGCCGACACCCAAGGGCAGUCCGUUGCACGUUAAUACAACGCUGUCGUGA